AAACUGAUAGUUCACAAGUAGCUUGGAAAACCGGUCUGAAUAAAAAGAUUAGUUCCAGAUCAAGUUUUUAUAAACCUGAACAAUUUACUAAAGACGCUUUAAAAAGAAAUAAGCUCAUUCCCGUUACUGCAGUAAUAUUGGGAUGGAAGCGUACCGAAAGUUUGAAGGUAGUGGUGAAUUAUAUUUCAAAAUAUCCUUUUAUAAAAGAAAUCUUGAUAUGGAAUAAUAACAAUGAAACAAGGCUUAAUAUUGAGGAUUUCAAAUUAAAUAAUAAUAUAAAUGUAGUUUUGAAUGUGUUUAAUUCUGAUGAAAAUCUUCAUGAUCUUUCUAAAUAUAUAACAUGUUCUAUGGCUGAAUAUGACUACUGUUAUUUCCAAGAUGAUGAUUGGCUAAAUUUAUAUAUGGAUAGUACUUAUACUAAUUUCCUCAAAAACCCCAGUCUGAUUCAUUCAAACACAAAGCCACUCAUCCAUUUAGAACAUCGAAGAUGGAUGUUUUCUAAUGCAGAUAAGAAUAUUCAUACCGGUUUCACUUGGCUCGGUUGCGGUUCUUUUGUUUCACGAACAAAAGUUCAAAGGUUUCUCGGUCAACUUGGUUAUAUUUCAUUAUCCAAAGAACGCCUUAAACUUGCGGAUAUGUACUUUUCUUUGUGGACAAACCAGUAUCCUUAUCAGCUUUGUAAUCCUUUAACUCCGUUGGAUCAAGAUAACGGCUGGAGUAAUAGCGUUGAUCAAUGGUCCAUAUUUUAUAAUAAUAUUCUUGAUGCGGCUCAAAAAUUAUACACUUCAUUAGCCGCCAAACCAGUUUCCAAUCAUUUCGAACGCGUGGAAGAAACUCCUUAUUAUCACGAACGCGCUGUCAGAGCACCGUGCAUAAACGAUAAAUGUCUUUUCAUCACGAAUAUCGACCCAUUUCCUCAUCCAUCUCGUGUUUAUUACGCGAAUAAUAUUUCCCAUGUUCAUGAACAAGAAACUAAAUUCAAUGCUUUGGAUUUUCCAAGCAAUGACUUCUGGGAAAACCAUGCUUAUCAUAAUGCCGUAGAUUUGAAUCUAACCACUUGUUGGAAUUCAUUUAAAA